AUGACCGCCCUGAUACAAAUUGGUGAUUUGCCUCCUCCCGCUUUCUCCACAGUUUGGCUUCUUCCUGACGCACCCUUUCUGAUUGUGGAUGCGGCUUUGAUGCGGCUCCAUCGCAGUGGCCCACCUCCUGCUACGUUGUCAACGCCGGCCCCCUCGGCGGGUGCCCAGAUGCCUCCUUCCUCUGUGGCCUCCCCGCUCAGCGAGUGUGGCAGCUGCCUGCUGAUCAUGACCGGCAUCGCCUUGGUUGCUGGCCUUUUCAUUGUGAUCUCGGCCAUCCUCUGCGACCGGGUCUUCCGUGGGUCCCUGCCCUCGGAAAGAAGGGGGCUGCCGUCUGUCUGGAGGCAAGGUGGGACACUGUGGAUCGAGCCUUCCAGGAGCCGCAGGGAGCCAGAUCUCCUAUCUAGGCCGUCAGAAACGGUGCCACUUUGGAUCCAGCGCUCAAACGACUGGUUUCUGGAGCAAGGGAGCUGCGAUUCACCCGAAGAUACCCAGAUGGAGACGCAGAGCCCAAGUAGCUCUGCCCCUUUCUGGGAUGACGGCGAACCCAACUGGAGGAUACAGCCACGCGUCACCUUGCAGGACCUAGAGAGCUUUUUCCAGCACAGCGGUCGGGGUACCUAGAGUGUUCCGUGGCUGGUUUCACUUAAGGUGCCCAAAACCUUCCCUGCCCACUCCACUCCUUCCUGAAUCCAAGAAAGCUCAAAGGUCACUGUGGGGUGUGAGAUGGAAAAUUUCGCUCUUGGGGUGUUAGUGCUUGGGAGGGAGAAUGUGGGAAAUGGGCAAGAAAAAGUCCUGGGUUGUUUUUUUUAAUACCCUGCUGGUUGGUGUAAACAUAGGCUAUGAUUAAAGGACAUUGGGAAUGAGAAUUUUGGGACCAAGGAGUUAACGUCUCGGUGUGCUGGAGAAGGAGGCAAAAAUGGAAAGCCAUUUUU